AUAUUGACAUGCAAUCAUUUUGCGCGUAAAAAAAAUAAUUUUAUAUGGGUACUAGCCGCGUAAUUGCGCGGGCCAUCCAGUUAGUUCCUAUAUAUAAUUAUGGUGCUAGGCUGCUAAUAAGCUGCCAGUUCGCCACAAGCCCACACCACCACGUCAUGACGUCCGUGUCGUAUUCUCUACCGAAAGUGUGCAUGAUGAUGGCCAUGGCCAUCAGCUGCAUGAUGAUGAUGUCCCAAGCAGCGUCGUCGACCGCCGCCAUGGCGCCCAGGGACGGCGAGGGCGGCGGACGACGGCACCACUUCGUGCUGGUGCACGGGCUGUGCCACGGCGCGUGGUGCUGGUACAGGGUCGCCACGGCGCUGCGCCGCGCGGGCCACCGCGUCACGGCGCUCGACAUGGACGCCGCCGGCGCGAGCCCGGCGCGCGUCGACGAGGUGCGCACGUUCGAGGACUACUCCCGCCCGCUGCUCGCCGCGCUCGCCGCGCUGCCGCCAUCCGGGGACGGGGAGCGCGUCGUGCUCGUCGGCCACAGCCACGGCGGGUUCAGCGUCGCGCUCGCCGCCGAGUGGUUCCCUGAGAGGCUCGCCGCCGUCGUGUUCCUCACCGCGUCCAUGCCGCCCGUCGGCCGCGCCAUGGCCAACACCACCGACGAGUAUGUGAGCUUUGUUGGGGCAGAUUUCUUCCUCGACUCGAGGGUGCUGGAGCAAACGAACCCCGAUAUCCCGGGAAACCCUGAAAUAUUCGGGCCCAAUUUUAUGGCCCAGAAACUUUACCAGCUAAGCCCGCCAGAGGAGUUAACCCUGGCGUUGUCGCUGAUCCGGCCGGCGAACCGGUUCACCGGCGACGCGCUCAUGAGGGACGCCGGCCUCCUGACCAAGGAGAGGUACGGGUCGACGAGGCGCGUCUUCGUCGUCGUGGAGGACGACCACGCCAUCCCCGUCGAGUUCCAGCGCCGCAUGGUCGCGGAGAACCCCGGCGUCGAGGUGGUGGACAUCGCCGGCGCCGACCACAUGGCCAUGAUCUCCAAGCCGGCCAAGCUCGCCGACCUGCUCGUCAGGAUCGCUGCCAAUUAAAGCACCACAACCUUGAAUGCAUAUUUUGCCAGAUUGAAUUUCAGAAAUAAUUGAUAAUAUAAUAUUAUAAACAAAUAAAUAAGUCUCUCUCUCU